GGACCACGAGCAAGUCGUGUUUGGCUUCAGGGCUCACCUGAUACCUGUGCCACAGCAAAUCCUCAGUUAUGAAGAUCCUUUACCUGCUCUUUUCCCUCCUCUUCUUGGUGCUCCAGGCUUCUCCAGGUUUGUCUUCGCCCCGGAGGGAAAUGAUAUUCUGUAGAGGAGGGAGCUGUCACUUUGGAGGAUGUCCCUUCCACCUGGUUAAAGUUGGGAGUUGCUUUGGGUUCCGCUCCUGCUGCAAACCGCCAUGGAACUUAAGAAAUGUUGAUGAGCCAUUCAUUGAAGAGCAAUGAAAAUUUCUUCUAAGCCUACAAAUUUGCAUGAAAUCUCCUAACUCCUAAACCCACUGGAUCCUGCUGCAAAGCCUCAAACUCCUUUCAUUGUCAAUGCAAAAGGCUUUAUGGUAUAGAGUAAACCCAAAUGUGCUCUGCAUUG